AUGACUGCAUCAGCUUCGGCCAGCCUUCAGACGAAUGGCUAUCACAACGGUGUUGCCAGCCCUGGUGGUGCCUUGGAAGCCGGUGUCUUUGUACCAACGGUAGCUUUCUUCACGGCAGAUGAUAACAUUGACGAAGAAACCACCAAAGCCCAUGCCAAGCGUCUUGCCCGUGCCGGAGUCGCCGGUCUCGUAACCCAUGGUUCCAACGGCGAAGCAGUUCACCUCGACCACGCUGAACGAAAAUUGAUUACACGCUUCACACGUACUGCCUUGGAAGAGGUUGGCAAGGCACACCUCCCCAUCAUCGUGGGCUGUGGUGCUCAAUCAACUCGAGAGACGAUACAGUUGUGUCGGGAUGCUGGCGAAUCUGGUGGCACCCACGCUCUCAUCCUGCCACCCUCAUACUAUGGCGGGUUGUUGAACACGGAUUUGAUCAUCGAACACUUCCGUGCUGUAGCCGAUGCCAGCCCCGUCCCUCUUCUCAUUUACAACUUCCCUGCUCCUUGUGGCGGACUGGAUCUCAGCUCAGAUACUAUCCUUACUCUUGCUAAGCAUCCCAAUAUUGUUGGUGUAAAACUCACAUGCGGCAACACUGGCAAAUUGGCCCGUAUCGUUGCUGGUACCCAGGGUACUUCUUUCAGAACGUACGGCGGAAGUGCCGAUUUCAUUAUUCAGACACUGUCUGUCGGUGGUCAUGGCGUUAUCGCUGGCCUGGCCAAUAUCGCCCCAGUUGCCUGCAAUGAGGUUGCUCGGCUCUGGAGCAGUGGCAAAGUCGACGAAGCUGUCAAGAUGCAGGGCAUUGUCGCCGGCGGCGAUUGGGCCGCCAUCAAAGGAGGAUUCAUUUCUGUCAAGUCAGCCCUGCAGAGAUAUCACGGCUAUGGAGGACUGCCUAGAAAGCCAUGCACUGUUCCCGAGGGUAAAGCCCUUGAGGCUCAGAUGGCCGAAUUCCAGGAAUUGGUCGAUUUGGAAACCAAGUUUGGCGCUUCUGCGUAA